UCUCCAUCCACAGUCUGAGAUAAACUUUGGUCGCGUUCGGUUGGAAAAUCUGCGUUUCGCCGUGCCAGAAUCAGAAUCUAGGUGACAAUCAUAAACACUCUGAUUCACACAGACACAGCUUGUUGCUGAUCGGAGCUCGUGCGCUGCCGGGAGUGGGUAUUGAGGUCUGCUAUCACACCCUCGUAACCCAUUGGACCCGUGGCCACGUGUUGGUUUGUUCGCAGCGAGUCGUCUCCAGAAUUGCGAAUCUCGACAUUCUGUGAAUUGUGCGGAGAAAAUUGAAUGCAUUCUUGUGCAUAGGGAAAACUGAGGCGUGAGGAAUGCUGUGGAGUUGGGCAGUCCAGUGUGUGAAUCGUGUUAAGAAAUAGUUUUUGUAAGUCGUUCGGUGAAUCCGUUUUAAAAGUGGAAAUACCUUAUGAGUGAAGAUAAAGAAUAAUAGCGCUCAACACGUGAAAAUUGUAAAUUUUUUUCUGUGUAUUAAAACCGCUAACCGUACCACCGCUGGAAACUUUCAGGGCAUUUGAUGAAAGUAGAGGAAGUGGAAAGAAUAUUACAUAGCAGAGUGAAUUGAGAAUCAUUAUCAUGUAGAGCAAUUUAAUGCAGUUGGAAAGGAAAAAAAUGUAUGAGAUGUGCUUGAUUACCCUGUUCUAGAAGUGCGAUUCUCGAAGAGAUCCAGUUGCUUACAACCCAUAAAGAAUAAUCUGUACCAGUGACGGUGAAUAAAUACUGUAUAGUGUUGUCAGUGGUGCGAGCACCAGAGAAAAAAAUCCGACUAAGGAAGAGAUGCACAUCCGUAUUUACUACAAGUAGCGGCUGUUAUUGCUCCGACGGUGUAGCUGAAAGAAGUGUACGAUUAUUAGGUGGCAGGCACUAGUAUAGGUCCUGCAGUAAUGCAUCAGUUCAAGUCGGAUCCCAGUGUGGAGAAUGUGGACUAGGUGCCCACCAUCCCAGUGGAACUGGAGAAAGUGAAACGCAACCCGUCGCUAAAAGCAUAUUCUCCAUUGGCACUCAGCUACCGGGCACCCAGGCUUUCAGCAAAUAACGAGCUUUACCUUGCGAGGUAACACCCACGAAUUGUGCCGCCUCACGCCAUCAGAACCGUAGACGUGAAGUGGAAAAAGCAAGAGAAUUAGAAACUGAAGCAAAAAAUACCCGCCUGUUGAAACGUGCCUUGGGGCUCUAAUAUCAAGACACCUGUAGUUAUUCCCGUUCCACGACGUUGAAAGAGAGGAGUGGUGCUUUUUAAACCGCAGAACACGACUGUUGGGAGAAAAAGCAAAUGUAAAACCAGACUACCGACACACACAAACACACAAGUCGUUAGAGGGUGGCAUUUGGUCCGGAAGCGGAGUAACCAUGGCGGCUUCAGUCGAAGAAGCGAUAUUCAACGCACUCCGGGGGCAUCACAGCGAGAAAACGAAGCUGCCGUCUCCUCGCAUUAUCAAGAUUUAUGUUGCAAGUUUGAAGGAAGACUUUAAAGAGGAACGCCGGCUGUUGCUGGAGGUGAUUGGACCUGAUUUACAGUCGGUUUACGACGAUCGGCAAAUUGAGGUGGAAAUCGUCGACAUUCACUUCGGAACCGGCAGUGAAAGCACGGUGGUAGAGUUGGAUCCCUACGCGCUCGACGACCAUUUGUCAGAAAUAGAAACGUGUCACCGGGUGUCGAAGAGUGUGUUUUUUAUCGUCUUGCUUGGGUCACGUUUGGGUAAUUUUUUACUGCCGACGAAACUGAGUCCAGAAGUCUUUACGGCAAUCACCCAGUACUCGACAGUUGCUGAGUGCGAAUGUCUCAGAAAGUGGUACCGGGAAGAUCCGAGCAAAGAGGGCUACAUCCUGCAAACACAAUAUAGGACAAAAGACCGCCAUGAAUGGAUGAUGGAAAAUCGGCAGCUGCGAGACAUCCUGGAGAGUAAAGUCGAUAAAAUUCUCAAAGCCUUGGCGGUCGGCGACGAUGGGCGUGGUGGAAGUCGGAAUACCGAUCCAGGAGGAACUUUCCUGCUACCGGAUGGAAUCAAAUUAAUCGAUAGCGAACGGUUCUGUGAUAAUCUUAAACGACUGAAAACCAGAGCACUCCAGUGGGAGAUUCAGAAGGCAUUAGCCUGCUCGAAGGAGAAUGUCUUCGCCGUAUUCCGUCAAUGGGAAAAGGGUACCGAGAAUGGAUUCAGAGAGGAAGAUCAAAUCGAACAGCUGAAACAGUCACUGGACACCGCACUCCCUGAGGAUAAUCGAGUUACUCUAUCGGUACCUUGGUCGGAGAGUGGUAUCGAUCCGGAUUCGCAGACCCACGAAGGCUACCUGAACCGGUUCAAAGACAAAACCUUUGAGAAACUGAAAAACUCCAUCGAUCAAAGCUUGGCCAAGGACCCCAAUGGCGGAAAGGGGCGGAAGAAGACAGUGCAGGAAAUAUUCCACGAACAUUCAACACACCUAAUAUACUUGAACGAGCACUUGAGUGCCAACAAAUACAUAUCAUCCAAGGUACCGGACCGGAUACGACAGAACGUGCAACAGAACUACCGUUCGGGAAGCCGACAUCCACCGUACUUUAUCUACGGUGGCCAUGGCAGCGGCAAGAGUACUCUUCUCUCACACAUCUAUUCGCAGUUGACCGGCUGGUUCGAGCAUAUUAAAGUGCAUCGGGUGAUACGGUAUGCGUCUGCCACCCCCCGGUCUGCCUACAACCUGGAACUGUUGAGAGUAAUCUGUCAACAACUAGCAAUUAUCCUCAACAUACCGGAGGGCUAUUUGCCGAAGGAUGCAUCGUUUGAUCCGCUUUACAUAAAUAAUUGGUUUCAGAACCUGCUGAAGCACUGCGAAGAUUUGCACAACGAGAUAUUGUUUCUCUUUAUCGAUGACCUGCACAAGUUAAAUCCCUUAGAUUGCGAUAUUGUAGCCGCGUUGUCGUGGCUUCCAAUCAGUUUACCAUGGAAUGUAUUCUUGGUCGUUUCUACCACCGUGCCAAUCGAAUCGCUUAAACUGACACCUAUGCAGAAGGAACGUUUCAAAUGUUUGGAUUAUUUCUUCGACUUAUCCUUGGAGCAAAACGAAACGAUCGUGCGGAAAGUGAAUGGAUGUCAAACUUUCGAGGAGUACGUGAACAACAUUUUUGAUGUGAUGGAACAUCGUUUCGGAAUCGAGGGCUUCAGCAAGCUGGCAAUUUAUAUAACGUGCUCGGAGUACGGUCUGACCGAGACCGAGUUUCUAGAACUGCUCAUGCCCACCUCUGACUCGGAGGCUUUAAUCGACACGAGGGAUGGUGGUUUUAAUUUCUCCACCUUUCGAACCAUCCGAAACGAGAUGAGGGCGCUAUUGCGGGAGAAACUAAUGUCCGGAAAGUUGCUGAUUGUGUGGCGACACAGUCUCUGCUCGGAUAUCACCAAAGUGCGCUACAUGACACCGGAAAUCUCCCGGUCGGUUCAUUCGGAAAUUGUGAAUCUGUUUUUCCCACCGGACAGCGACGAAAGCGAUGAGAUUUCCAGCGAGCAGCAAAGCAGAAAAUCGAGUAUUCAAACACAACAUGACGAUAAUGUAACUCAGAUCAUUACGCUCGGGCCAGACAUUUCGUACAGCAUUCGCCACGUGGAGGAAUCCUGGCAUCAUCUAAUUAAAUCUGAUGAUACUAAAAAGCUCAAAGAGAUUGCCGUGUGCAAUUUCGACUUUUUACUCGCCGCCGUACAAACAGUGUCAAUUAGCUAUCUGAGAUGCUUAAUCGAACAUGUGCGGUGCUACAUUUUGGAUCGGGACAUUGAGCUGGUAUACUACACCAUACGGAAGUCAAGCGAUGUACUAACCAGGGAUCCAAUGCAGUUGGGAGCUCAGCUGAUAUCUUGGCUUAAAUCAGUGUCGGCUCACGAAGGCCCACAAGCUCUGUUGAGCGUGACCGUUCAAUCUGCCACGGCCUGGUGCGAUGGUUAUACUGUUCCGCUUCUGGUACCUCUAACCGGAUGGCUUCCGUCUCCGCUGCCGUCACAGAUUCGAUGCAUGACCGUACCUGGACCGGGUCCGUUUCGUUGUAUCGAAGUUUCACCCUCAAAGCAACAUCUAAUCCUCUCGCCCAAAAUCGGUGACCCUCAACUUUGGCACAUCAUGAGCAACAGUCUGGUUCACACGUUCCGGGGUCACAGUGGUCCGGUGACAUUCAUGAAGGUACAAUCGCAGUACCUCAUCACAGCAUCCGAGGACACGUCCGUUAUCGUAUGGGAUAUGCAGACACUGACGAUGAAGUUGAGAUUAUGCGAACACAUAGCGCCAGUGAUCUGUGUCACAUUAGCACUGAAUAACAAAUACAUCAUCAGCGGAGGAGACGACUCCAGCAUCAUCGUUUCACUGUUCGAGAGCGGGAAACCGGUCGCUAAAAUAGAACACCACCGAGGUCCGGUGACGGGUUUGCUCGUUUCCAUGCCUAGCGAAGUUCUGGUUUCGUCCAGCCACGAUGGCUCAGUGUGCCUGUGGUCCCUGGAAGAUUUCACCCUGCUCAACUGUAUCCAGCUGGCGCAUCCGGUGCAUAAGAUUCAAAUUUCCUGUGAUUCGAUUUUUCUUCUAGCGUACUGCGACGAUAAUGGACUUUACCUAAGAGCACUCGCCACGGGGACCGAUCUGCACGCACUGAAAGGACACAAAUCAAAGGUGCGUGCCCUCUGCAUUGCCAUGGACAGCCAGCGAGCGAUCGUAGGAUGCGACGAUACCCGUGCUCAUAUCUUCGACAUGCAUUCCGGCAGAAUCAUUCGGUCUCUGCCUCCCAAUCCAGGUUCAGUGACGGCCGUGUACGUAAUGGAAAAGGACGAUUAUCUCGUUACCGCUGGUGGAAACAAGAUCACCUUCUACUCAUUCCGCAACGAAGAUUCCAUUGCCAAUUACUAUCCUAAGAAAAAGAAGAUGAUGAAAAAGUUGUCCAAAAGUCGAGCUGCUCUAGCCGCGACGUCAAGUCCGGUGAUUUGCUUUGAUAUUUCUCGGGAUUCUACCAUGGCGGCUGUUGCGUCUAGCCGAUGUAUUCAAAUAUGGCAACUGAACACACCAGAAUUGACGUCGAUUCUGGAAGGACAUAGCGGUACAGUGACGUGUGUGAAUUUUGCACCAAACUGCGAGUUUAUUGCUUCUGGUUCAGAGGACAAGACUGUUAAUGUUUGGAGCUUAGCGCUGGGUACGAUCGCUGUGACUUUCAAGGGUCACAACACAUUCAUAACGUCCAUUAUUUUCAUGAUGGAUUCACGGCGUAUAAUAUCUGCUGAUCGAGAAAGUUGUCUAUUUGUAUGGAUGGCCGAUUGCGGAACGAUUCUGCAGAGCGUCCAAGGACCAUUCAAGUGUUUGGCUGUAACCAACAACAUGAAGUUCGCUGUUUGUACGAAUGGUGAUACAAGUUUACGAAUAUGGUCGCUCACGAGGGAAGAUGAGAAAUUCACAGUUUCCCAUUCAAGCGAAAUCACGUGCUUCAUAAUAACGGCUGACUCGUUGUAUCUGAUAUCGGGCUCGAAAGAUAUGUCCUUGAAAGUAUGGCAAGCAUCCGGAGGGAAAUUAGCACAAGUUUUAGUAGGACAUACGGAUGCCGUUACUUGUGUGGCCGUCUCCGUGACCCACAAGAGUCAGGUAAUAUCCGGCUCGAAAGACUCGAAUCUUAUUAUAUGGGACAUUCAUACUGGCGAGGAAAUCCACACAUUGGCGGGGCACUUGGCUCCUGUGACCUGUGUUAAGGUUUCGGCGGAUGGAUCUACAGCAGUUUCCGGAAGCGACGACAAAACUUUGAUUGUUUGGGAAACGAAACGUGGUCUUGCACUUACAUCGCUUCAACUGCAUGUCCAGUUUACGCGGUUCGAUAUUAGUCUCGAGUGUUCCAGAAUAGUGGUACAACUGGUGGACAACUCUUGUCUUCCGAUAAUCUGCCUACACAACUCCCCUGCCUCAUACAUAAAGCUUCCCACCUACUCAGCACCCGCCAGGGACGUUGAAGAUUUGCGUCCAGCGGGACCAAAACGGCCCGCUAGACGACUGCUUAAAAAGGAAGUCUCACUGGAUACCUACACCUGGCAGAAAAAAUAUGCUCAUCUGACUUCCUCAGUAAUGAUGGCUCAAGUGGACGAAAGACUGAAACGGCGUUUCUCAGUGUCAGCCAGUAUGGAAGAGAUUUCGAAACUAGCCGAAUCGAAAACUCUUGAAUCGCAACAAAACCGAGGCCCAGAACAAGCCGCUCUGGCAUCAUCUCAGCACUUUGACCAGUUGGAGGCCUUGUGGAACAAGCGUUCACCUCCAAGGCGACGAUUGAACCAGUCACUAUCCCGCCAAUCGUCCCUAGUAGAGGACCGUAUCGACUCGUCAGAUGAGGAUGAAUUCCAAGAAGAACGCGCAGACGUUCUAGCGGAUUAAAGCAAAUAUUUCAUAAGAGUCAAGCAGAUUUCAGAAAUUCCCUUGGUUUGUUGUACUGUUUUCAGCUCAAGUAAAACAUUCCAUUGCAUAGCGACGACGGCACCCCUCGGUAUCAGACAACGGAAGCUUUCACUUCCGAAAAAGCUUCGCUUCCGUGCUGCCAUCUUUGUGAAGCCCGGGCGGUCAUAGCUUUUUUUUAUCGUUUGCGGAGCGAUAUCAUUUAAUGCUACCCAUCUCGUGCAGUGUAGUACAAUUUCUUUGAUAAGCACAGUUUCGUUUGACCCGAGUAAACUGGCGGUACCCGAACUGUAGUCAUUUUAGUUAAACAGUCGUAGUGAAACACGUGUAAUGGAAGCUCACAAAAAGGCCGUGAAAUUAUGUACUGCUGUAUAUUGGAGUUAUAGAAGUAAGAGCUAGGAAAUCGGAUGGUGGAAGAAAAAAUUAUGUGCUAUAUACCUGUUUUCCAGAUAAUCUAGCCGUGUUAUAAAUCAGACAUAGAUGAUCGUAAUCAGUGCAUUUAUCUUAAAUAUCAGUUAUUCGGAUAAGUCUAAACAUAACUGUUUUAAAUUCAGACCGUUAUGACUCAUGUUAAUUAGAGCACCAUGCAAUGUAAUUAAGAGAUUAUUUUGUCUAUCAUGGUUCAAUGAUCAUUGAGAAGGAAUUGUUUAGAGGAACAUGAAAAAUUAAUUACAGAUUCAAAAAUAUAUUUUAGCAUCAUAUGAAAUAAAUGAAAUGCCACCAAGAAGUGAAACUGUUCAACAGGAUUAGUGUUCAAUAUUCAAAUGAAAGUUUUUCGUAAACGGUGAGGUGAAAUACAUAAGAAAGUUCGAUACAUAAACGUCUCACGACACAUGGUCUCUGUCGGGUAUCCUUCAUUUGUGUAGCAUGUAAAGCAAGUAGGAUUUCAUGUUGAACUGUAUCUUGAUCAACUUAAUGAACAUUGUGUAUAUCUGUUUCAAUUAUUGCAUUGUGUUAAUUCUACCGUGAUUGUAGCAUUCAGCGGAUCUGAGAACUCCUAUUUUCAAUGAGCCUAUAGCUCAAAACAUCUUUAUCUGUUAUCUGGAAUAUGUUAAUAGAGCAUUCGUUACUUUCGACGUAAGCGCAUGAAAAAAGUUUCACAAAAAGUUCAACGAUGACAAAUCGUUUAUUAAAUUAGAAAUAGAUCAACAAACAAAGGAUUUUAUCUUCUUUUUUCAUAGAUUUGUUUCUACUGUGCUACGAUAGAUUGUAUAGGUGGCUCCUAAAACACUCCAUCUCGGUAAAGUAUAAUGCCAAGACUGAUCGGCAACAUAUAAUUUUGCUGAUAAUCCAGUAAUCAAUAUUAUGUUUUAUGAGAUUCGUUUACUUAUUUUUCGACAAAGUGUAUCUUUUUACUGAGAUUAGGCAAAUUCUUGCGCAGAACUCAUCGGUGAUUAACAAUUAACCCGAAAUCGGUAUAUGCCUGUCGAAAUUUGUGUUAGUUUUUGCCGAAAUUCGGCUAGAAAACUGUCAUUUACGUUUCACAUUUUCGUUUGACACGACGCAUUCGUUUUCUGACGAAAUAUUGAAGUAAUGGAAUAAGUCCAAAAGACGUUAUAAUAUACGAUGCAUCCAUUAAUUAUAAGAAUUACAAAUUAUUCUGGAUUAUUUAUAGAAAGCUCUUUCUAGAUCCUACUUUUCAGUGCGGUAAAAUUUCAUUUUCAAUCGAAUAAUAUAAGAUGAAAAUGAAAUUAAUGGCCGCUUACCGUCAGCGUAUCCCUACUAAUUAAUUUGACUUUUGCUGCCAGAUUUGUUUAGUAAAAUUACUGAUUUUUCGACAAAGUGUAUCUUUUUACUGAGAUUUGGCAAAUUCUUGUGCUGAACUCAUCGGUGAUUAACAAUUAACCCGAAAUUUGUAAAUGCCUGUUGAAAUUUGUGUUAGUUUUUGCCGAAAUUCGGCUAGAAAACUGUCUUUUACGUUUUACAUUUUCGUUUGGCACGACGCAUUCGUUUUCUGGCGAAAUAUUGAAAUAAUGGAAUAAGUCCAAAAGACGUGAUAAUCUACGAUGCAUCCAUUAAUUAUAAGAAUUACGAAUUAUUCUGGAUUAUUUAUAGAAAGCUCUUUCUGUCGGGAAGUCAUUGUAAGAUAUGCCGAAAAGCUUCAACGACAUGUCAACCAACUUAUUCAACAAUCGGCAUUUUGCAAAUCUUGGCAAUUAUUUUGCCAUAAGCACACGAUAUCAGUCGGUCCAGAUCCUGAAUUCAUGUUCAGCACUCAGUUUUACAUGAACAGAAUUCAGUUCCUAGUCCAGAAUUUAUUCUCAGAAUCCAAAUCAAUAAUUCAACUCCAUUCAGGUUUUGAACCCAAGUAAAGAACCAGAGAUGCCAGGUAAAAAUUUCAAAUGUCUGCAGACAGGGUCUGUAAAGCUAAAAAAAAUCUGCAGUCAGCAAGUAUGUCUUGCUGGCAGCAAUUUCUCUAUAAAGUAUGACCUGCAAAACUGACUUGGCGAGCAAAAAAAAAAAAAAAAAGGUCCGCGGAAAUUUCAAAAGUCUGCAAAAGUCAAACAUUGAGUAGUAACCGUCAAUGAUAAUGAGUAACUCUUACUCUAAACUUGUGUUUUACUUAAGAACUCGUUUUUAGAUCGCAAUAACCAUUUGUAGCAACCAGAGCUAAUAAAACCCAUUUUCAUUGACUCAAAAUAGACGAAAAAGACGAAAAAUUAACGUCACUUUCAACUUCGCUUGCAAACUAUGAGAACGAUAUCCAUGUCCAGUCAAUGACAUAAGCGAAAUAAUAGUUUCAAAAUUGUGUUCUUUCUUUCACUUGCCUUUUCAGUCAUUUGCGGAUUUCAGUGAAAAUCCCAGUGCCGAUAUUCAAUCGCAGCUUUGAGAAUAAAAAAUCACAGAGAAAGGUUUGACAAAGACUUUUAACCUGUUGGUGUUCGAAUCUGUAGUAGUUUUGGUUUCCAAAGAAAUUCUGGUGUGUAAUUUCUUCGAUUUGUCCUAUUUUAGUCACUCUUUAUAGCCUAGCGUCACAGAUUUACAAUGAAAGGAAUGAAAGAAUGAGAAUUGAAAUUGUGCUGAUGCUUCAUGCAGACGUUAGUUUGGUUUCGUCUUGUCAUAGAAGAAAGAGACAGUAAAAUAUUGAGAAUGCACCUGUUUUAAUGGUUUCUUUCAUUAAGAAUGCGUGAAAAUUUUAAGCUCUGGUAGCAACAGGCGUUUUUCUUGUUAGUGGGAUCACGUACUUUUAUUUAGCUGUUUAUUUGGCUUAACUUAUGUAGUAAAUUAAAGUGUCUCGCAGAAUUUCAGUAAAAGCUAUCACUGUUCGAAAUCUCGAUAAACGGACUUCCUGAUUUCGGUAUAUAUGUUGUUUAGUUGUCAGUAACAUAUUAUGCCAAGGUUCGGCAAUAAAAUGCGCUUUGCCGAGCUAUAAGAACUUUUCAUUAACAAACUUCAACAAUGAGCAUGUGAAUUACUUAAAAAUUAGUAAAAUUUCGUAUUGCCGAUCUGAUUCGAUGUUUCUUUAUGCCGAACUCGAGAAAAGGUUUUAAGUGUGUACCCGUCUUUCUUCAAAUGUCUGAUCUCCAGAUAAUGGCAAAUCUCGACGUUUCAUGAAUUCAUCUGUGUACGAUGUUGGUCGUAUAAAAGAUUUAUCAUGCACUGGAAUAUUAAGGAUCAAGAGUAAACCAAGUUAACUUGUGUUGGUAAUUUGUGUGUUACGUACAUUUUAUUUGGUACGUAUGUCAUAGAUCUAUGUAUUCAUAUAUGCAGUGCAACCAGUUUAUCAAAGUGGCUUGCACGAUUGAGUUUCAAACAAUCUUUUUUAUUCUCAAACGAACGUGAAGCCUGACUUUUUGGAUGAAAUAUCAGUUCUGUUCAAUUUUUCACCAACGUUUGAUGGAAAAUUGCUUGCACUUUAUGAAUGUAGAUUUUUAUUCCCUAAUAAAAAAGUUAACAACACUGCUUCAAUGCAUUUGUAUUAGAUUGCGCUACACAAAACAAAUAAAACUACGUAUUUUCUGUUACAAAAGCAGUUUUCCGGAAAAAUAAAUAAUUUUACGACAACAUUCCAUAUCCAUUGCCUUUCGCGUGUUUAAUUAAAGGUUCCUAUUUUGCGGGCUUACUUAUAGAAGGUACGUAAAUCUUUAUAUCGCAAUAAUUUCUGCCAGAAAAAAUAUAAGAAUGUUUUUGUUGCUAAUCAAAUGUGGAUGUAAGCUGAAACUGAAAUAUUUUGUCUCGAACAGUUUUAAGGAAAGUGGAAGAGUUUUAGACUAAGAUUUUCGAUUUUCUUGAAUUCCAAUUUUAAGCAGUAUGAUCCGUUUAGUUUAUUUUCCAACCAUAUGGAAGAUUUAUUGAUUAAAAUCAGGAAAAGAAGCGCCAGAAUUUGUUUUUAUGCACACAUUGUGGACAGUACUCAUACGCUUGCAAGGAGUCUUGCUCCUUAACCUGGGAGGGUUCUUAAUGCCAACUGGAUCGUAGUCUGAUAAAUAUCAACUGUUAAAACAAAAUGGCUCAAUGGCUUUUUUGAAAUUUGUUUACAUUUCAAGUACAUUUUUCCUACAGCUCAUGAUAUUUUUUAGUGCAAAAUUCUAGUAAUUUAUUUUUACAAUCUUCUCUUGAGGCCAACUUCUUACUUACUUUUAAAAACAUUCUCCAAUGAAAUCCUGAUAAGUAUAACCGUCUAAUUACAAAAAAAACACAAUCAUGUAUUACGAUUUUGAUUCAGUUUUAAGAGUUAUAGGACUCAUAAUUUUCAACUCUGUACAGCAUUUGAGUACACGGAAACAAAGCUAUCGAAGUGUACGUAUCUAGCGUGACGACAGCCGUCGUUUGGAAGAACCUGUCAAAUCUAAUAUUCCAACAUACCGAAGAUCAUUUCUUAUGUUGUGAACAACAAUAUCGUCACUCUUCUUACCAGUACUCUGAACGCUAUAAGAGAUAUCCUAACUAAUAAAAAGUUCAGAUGAAAGGGACAGCAUUGGCUUAAGCAGCUAAGCUUGAGUUCAUUAAUAGCAUUUUAAGCAGCCUGUUUUUAAGUAAUUAUUCACACUCGAAAAUUCGCGUGACGUAACCGAAUGAACUUCUAAGCAGCGUCUACAAUACAAUGUUCAAAUUCUAUGUAGCGAGAAAGUCCAUGAGGAAUUUAAAUGAAUUCUGUCCUUCCAGCUGUCAAAAUAAGCACGUGUCUCCAGCAGUAAAAAAGUUCACACCAAACAUGUUCUCUACGUUCAAGUUCUCAAAAGUUUCACGUGUACUUUUAAGCUGCAAGAAAGUAAAUGUUUUCAGUAAUUGUGGAACUUUUGGUAGCAUGGGAUGUCAUAAUAAUUUUGGGUGUACCGAUAGCUCAUUCAGAAAAUGUUAGCGUCGGAUCACUAGAUGCUAUUUACUUAAUAUAAUUUCAGAUAACAACAAAGUUUUUUUUGAGUUCUAGUAAGAACCUCAUCUUCAAUAUUUUGUAGUAACAAUAAUUGAUAUCGCAUUAACACAAUGUAAUACCAACUUAGUCAAAAUAACAGUUUUUUAUUCACUAAUGCUACUUCUAUGUAUAAUAGGAAAAAACACUCCAAUUAGAGCGAAUGUGACCAGCGUUAAACCUGUACAUUUUUGGUUAAUAAAUUAAUAUCCGAAUUAUCAAUGAUUUGAUCAAGUACAUGUUCAACAGCACUAGUAAUUUUAUGCAACCCAUUCAAAUCUAUUAUCGGUGUCUACAAUUAAUCCAGUGGCAGCAAAGCAAAUUCAUCAUCAACCAAUAUGCAAACAUUACUCAACAAUCAAUAGAAAUGACUCUCAUAGUUAAUCAGAGUAUUGUGCCUCUAGAAUGAUCCAGUCCGAAUACGAAGAUUGAAUAACGAAACACAAUGAUUUAAUCGAAACUCAGCCACCUCACGUUCACAAAAGUAAAGACCGUUUGGAACGAUGGGAAGUCUCAAGGAACUCCAACAAAUACUAAGAUUAGCAAUCAAAUGAAAGUAAUGAAUAUCUAUCCAUUCCAGCAAUAAUAGUGGCAAUUAACCGAAAGUAAAAGAAACCAAAAAGUAGGAAAUGUGUAGAUGAAAGUGUCGAUCAUGUUGUAUGUUCAAAACAGUAAGAGUCCAAUCACCUGGAAUCAUGGAAGUAAAAUUUCUUGAUUGUAUCCACAGUAACCUGUAAGACUACUUUUAGAUGUAUGAGAUCUGAUUUUAAUCAAAACGAUAGUUUAUGAAGAGUAUAUGAACUAAUAGUGCCGUAGUGAACCUUUUUCUAGCACCGACAAUCAUUCAGUCUGUUGAUCCUUUUCUAAACCAAAUCUAUAUUGAAGCAUGUUGUUAUUUCCCUGCGUCUGUGGUAAACUAAAUGGUAGUUUUAACUGAUAUUGAUACAAGGACAGAUAGUGUACUUGUUUUUAUAGCUCCUAAAUCAAACUGAAAAUGAAAUUGUUUUAUUUGUCGAUCACCAAGCGCCUCCAUCAUUUUUAUCCUUCUUACACCUCGCCUUUCGUUACCAUUUUUAAAGUUUCCUAUACCAGUCAGUUUAACUGAUACGUUACGAGGGAAAAAACUUAAAUCUGAACCGAUAAAGUAUCUCUAGUGAAUAAACUUUGUGUGUGGGAAAUAGUAAAUUGAAUGACCGCAAGUAUAGUCACCGUGUUGAUCUUUUUUUUUUGUUUCUCCCAAUCAAACCAAAUUGGUCCAUACGAUAAGUUACAAUUUUUCAUCCAAAGUACACAGAAAAUAAAAUAUACAUACACACACACCUAAUGUUUUAUGUCGUGAAGACACCUCGAUGUGGUAGUGAAAUAAAAAUAUUGGCAAAAAAAUCAGUGAACCCUUAAUAAAGCGCUUAGAGAUAAUUGUUUCCAA